CCCGCGCAAUCGCAGAUAUCUUCAAGAUGGCGGCGGCGGCGGCUGCACGAGCAGUUUCUGUGGGCGCCGGGCUACGGGGUCUGCCACGGACACUGCCUCUUGUAGUGAUUCUCGGGGCCACGGGCACCGGCAAAUCCACCCUGGCGUUGCAGCUAGGCCAGCGGCUCGGUGGAGAAAUCGUUAGCGCUGACUCCAUGCAGGUUUAUGAAGGCCUAGACAUCAUCACCAACAAAGUUUCUGCCCAAGAGCAGAGAAUAUGCCAGCACCACAUGAUCAGCUUUGUGGAUCCUCUCGUGACAAAUUACACAGUUGUGGAUUUCAGGAACAAGGCAACUGCUCUGAUUGAAGAUAUAUUUGCCCGAGACAAAAUUCCUAUUGUCGUGGGAGGAACCAAUUAUUACAUUGAAUCUCUGCUCUGGAAAGUUCUUGUCAAUACUAAGCCCCAGGAGAUGGGCACCAAGAAAGUGACCGACCGAAAAGAGCUUGAAAAGGAGGAUGGCCACGUCCUCCACAAACGCCUAAGCCAAGUGGACCCAGAAAUGGCUGCCAAGCUGCACCCCCAUGACAAGCGCAAAGUGGCCAGGAGCUUGCAAGUGUUUGAAGAAACGGGGAUUUCUCAUAGUGAAUUUCUUCAUCGUCAACAUGCAGAGGAAGGUGGUGGUCCCCUUGGAGGCCCUCUGAAGUUCCCUAACCUUUGCAUCCUCUGGCUUCAUGCUGACCAGACAGUUCUAGAUGAGCGCUUGGAUAAGAGGGUGGAUGACAUGCUUGCUGCCGGGCUCUUGGAUGAACUAAGAGAUUUUCACAGACGCUAUAAUCAGAAGAAAGUUGCAGAAAAUAGCCAGGACUAUCAACACGGUAUCUUCCAAUCCAUUGGCUUCAAGGAAUUUCACGAGUACCUGGUCACUGAGGGAAAAUGCACACCAGAGACUAGUAACCAGCUCCUAAAGAAAGGUAUUGAGUCUCUGAAACAAGUGACUAAGAGAUAUGCCCGGAAGCAAAACCGAUGGGUUAAAAAUCGAUUUUUGAGCAGACCUGGUCCCAGUGUCCCCCCAGUAUAUGGCUUAGAAGUAUCUGAUGUCUCGAAGUGGGAAGAAUCUGUUCUUGAACCUGCUCUUGAAAUCGUGCAAAGUUUCAUCCAGGGCCGCAAGCCUGCAGCUGCUCCAGUAAAGAUGCCAUGCAAUGAAAUGGAGAACAAGAGAAGUUACCACAUGUGUGACCUCUGUGAUCGAAUCAUCAUUGGGGACCGUGAAUGGGCAGCACAUAUAAAAUCCAAAUCCCACUUGCACCAACUGAGGAAGAGAAGAAGAUUGGACUUGGAUGCUCUUGCUACCAUUGAGAGUCAGAGUAUUUCUCCAGACUGUGACAAAGAGCCUGAAGAGAAAGGGUCCCCAGGGCAGAAUGAGAAAGAGCUAAAAUCUGGUGUUUAAAGAGAAAUGUCCAGUAGCCUUUGCACAGGUAGGGACACAGUUCAGGAGGGAGGGCUAUGUCUGUGUCCCUGUCUGGACUGAGGAGUGCUACGCAGAAAGCCCCCACCAUUUUCUUUUGCAGUGGUAUAGUUUCAGUGUUCUUUGUCAUGUAAACAGCAGGACUUGUUAGCUCCCUGUUUGGCUGAUGUGCCUGGUAAUGAUGAUUUUGGGAAGGAAUUUUUUUUUCUUUCAACCCAAAAGGUUCUAUUUUUGAAAGAGGCACAGAUUGCACUUUUUAAUACUUGAGGAUCUUUUUGGUAAUGAAUACCUGAAUUUCCUAUAUCCCUUAAAAAAGAAGUUUUAUGUCCCCGACUGUGGCUAAAAAUACCUCAUUUCCACUUCUAUAAAAGAUGACUGAAGUAUUGUGAGCCACAAAUCAGGAGUUCUGGAUUUGGGUGAAUGGCAGGAAAGGCCCAGCCCCAGUGAGAUGAUUAAGUGAACUCAGCCAGUUGUUGGAUUCCACUGAGAAGGAGAGAAGGAGGUGGUCAUGAUGUGGCUUGAAAAC